ACGGAAGCGUCACUGACAACGGAGCAGCCCUGAGCCUGAGGCUGAGCUGAGCAGGGAAAUUUAGUUCUGGAUUUAAUUGAUUGGGAAGCCAAUCUGUAUUUUUCAUUACUGUCAUUGUGAGGAGGCUCCGGCUCAGGCAACCCUUAACACGAUCAUGAUAGAAGAUUUCCUUCUAGGCAACGGACAUUGUCCCCUGAGAUGGUGUGAGAAAUGCUGAAUCAGACCAACUGAUGUCGCUGAGGGUAGUAUUUGCAUCACAUUUUCCACCAUUUCUUUCUGAAGUUCCCUGCUGGACGGUGGUCUGGCUAUGAUCCCGGUCAGCGGACUGUCCUCCCAGCCCACCCAUCCUAACCCAACUCAACCAUCCUCUCAACUCAACUACACAACUCUUCAUCCCACCGCUGACACUGAAAGUCAUGGCUACCCUGCCUGGCCUCCCACCGAACGCUCCCCGAGUCCCAUCUCCAACAGCUCCCUCUCCCUGAACCUCAAGCCACCUCUGAGAUCUGCCAGCUCUCCUCAGCUCCACCGGGUGUCCAAGGGCGAUCUUCGGGAUCUGCUGUUCCUGGUACCGACCUUACCGCUCAAAGGCAUAUUUGAUAUCGGCAGUGGCCAUUAUGAUGUUGUCCUGGAUGAGAAGCAGAUCAGUUGGACUCCUCUCAGUAGGUCAAGCCAUGCCAAAGGUGAGCAGUACCCAAAGGUUAUCAAGAUCAGAGACAUCUUUGCUGUCCAGAUUCAGAGGAUACAGAGGGCGGGGCAAGAAGAUGGGGGUCAUCCCAAGGGGGUGUCUAUCUUUGUGGUACAUCCCAAGAAGGGCGUGGCCAACGGGCUCACUUGGGAGGAGAUAGUCCUUGAAUCGACCAAUGAGGGAACCUGCCAACAGUGGUUUCAGGCCAUUCUGAAGCUCAUCAAUGAAUUCACAGAGAGGCCAAAGAGAGUGAAAAUCUUUGUGGAUACCAUGAGAUCUGAGAAGGCCAAACAAGUCUAUGAAAAUAAAAUCAAAAUGCUAUUCCACCAUGCUAGAAUGAAGACAGAUAUCGUUGAUGUCGGCCGUCAACAUCAAGUGCAAGAUGCAAUAGAUUCCAUGGAUUUUAGUGACAUAGAUGGGGUAGUAUGUAUCGGAGGGGAUACACUUACAAAUGAAGCUGUACAUGGGUUGCUGCAGAGAGCUCAGAGGGAUGCGGGUAUAGAAAUAUCACCAGACACCCCCAUGGCGAAGUGUAGGAUUCCACUUGGUAUUAUUCCCACAGGAUUGUUCAACAUUGUAGCUCAUUCUACCCAGGGAAUCAGCAGUGCAGUGACUGCUGCACUCCAUAUUAUAUUAGGUCAUAUACAACCCGUUGAUGUGAGUUCAAUGUUCACGGAGGAAGGUUUCCUGCGGUUUGGCUUCUCUAUCAUGUAUGGAUUUGGCAGCGAUUGCUUGAGACGAGCCGUUAAGUCGCAGCAUGUUCUCAAGUCUAAAUCAGCCGAGUAUGCUAUGGCCAAGAGUCUUGUCAAGCUGAGGUCAUACAAUUGUGAAGUGAGUUAUCUUCCAUUAGAAAAACCUAAUACCAUAACCACAGAAGAUUCGUCUACAUGUAUGAAAGGGUGCAAGGUAUGUGGACACGCCCCUGAUCUAACCCACCUAGUCCACUCCACUCCGAUACCCCUCCGCCCAAAGGACAGCCCUCUGGCCCUCCGCAAGCUCAGCGCCCACCACCGCCCAUCCCUUGGAACACUUGGGGCCAACCCCAACACCAAUCCCAGGUCCAGUCGUAGCUCCAGUCCUGUACCAAGCAGGCGGAGUAUGGGGGCAUCUGUUCCGUCCAUUCCCAUGAUUGCAUGGAGCGGAGAGUCCGUACAAAGCUCAUCCGAAGAAUGCUUGGUGACACCAAAGAAGAAGAAUAGCAAAGAUGCUGUCAAAUCAAUUUUUAAAAGAGGUCUUGAGGCUCCCUCUUCUGCCCCCAACUCCAGGCCCAGCAGUGCAGCAUGGGGGGAGCAAGACACCCCUCUACCGGGUGUGGCCGGUAUAGGGAGGGCUGCUGAUACCACCCAGAGGAACCUCAGGAAUGUCUUGACCACAGGAGCAGGUGACCGGUCAGGAGGAAUACCUUCAGUUCAGGUGACACCUGCUUUAGGAGGGUCUAAGAGUGGCAUCGCUGGCACGCAUAAAGGCAUCGGCAUCCUACCCACAAUAGACCCAAAUCGUUCACCUCGAUCCAAAGAAAAAUGGCUAAAAUUCCAGGAUUCUUUUAUGAGUAUCGGCAUCGUGACCUUGCCCAACCGAAGCCAACUGGUACCUCGUGGUCUGGCUCCAGGCGGCCAUCUUGCCAAUGGCCAUGCUGACCUCAUCCUGGUCAGAAAGGUCAACAGGAAGGAGUUCAGGAAAUUCCUACAGCAUCAUGGGAAUGGUGAAGACCAGUUUGAUUUUCCAUUCAUUUGGAAGCAUCAGGUUAAGGCUGUUCAGAUCAGGCCCUUACUCAGCAGCGAUGAUAUGAGUUCAGCGAAGCUUGAAAAACCAAUGAAGCUAUUGACCUGGAAUGUAGACAUGGAACUUAUUAGGGCAGACUUCAUUGAAUUAAGGGUUCAUCGGCAGCUCCUAGCCGUGUUUGGAGAGGGUGUUCUUGACGACGACUUCCCGACAACGUCCUGCCGAUGCUUAUAACAUCUUGUUUCCCUCAAGACAUUUUAUCUGCUGUACUCUGAUCCUACCAGGGUGCUACAUAAGCAUUUGCCUAAUUGCCUGAGGCAAGUAAAGUUAGACUCGGGCAAUUGU